AUGGAUAGCUGGUUCUUGGAGAUUAACCCGAAUGGCCGCAUCCCAGCCCUGACCGACACCUUCAGUGAUGGCCAGAAGAUCCGUCUCUUCGAAUCUGGCAGCAUUCUACAAUAUCUAGCUGAUCAGUACGACCCUGACCACAAGAUCUCUUUCCCUAAGGGUAGUCGCGAAGACUACGAGAUGAACAACUGGCUCUUUUUCCAAAAUGCUGGCGUGGGUCCCAUGCAAGGCCAGGCCAACCAUUUCUCGCGAUACGCCCCCGAGCGCAUCGAGUAUGGUGUGAAUCGGUAUGUGAAUGAGUCGCGCCGACUCUACGGGGUCCUGGACAAGCACCUGGCCAAGUCCGAAUCCGGAUAUCUCGUCGGAGACCAUGUCUCCAUUGCCGAUAUCUCACACUGGGGUUGGAUCGCCGCUGCUGGCUGGGCUGGCAUUGAUAUCGAGGAGUUCCCGCAUCUGAAGGCGUGGGAGGAGCGCAUGGCACAGCGCCCAGGCACAGAGAAGGGACGCCACGUUCCUUCGCCGCACACGGUCAAGGAGGUAUUGAAGGAUAAGGCCGCUACCGAAAAGGCUGCUGCAGAGUCGCGAGCAUGGGUUCAGCAGGGUAUGAAGGAGGAUGCUAAGAACAACCUUUGA